UACCAAACGGGCUCGUAGUGUCAUACUCCGUAUAUAGUAACUUAAGUUCAAAAAUUGGAAACAAGCUACUAUGAUUCCAUUACUACUAUAGUCACUAGUCAUAAAUAUGUAAUUAUUUAUUUUUUGUUUAUAUUUUUUAAAAUUUUCAAUUUCUUUUAUUUUGAAUUUUUCAUUUUUUCAGUUUUCAAUUUUUUAUAUUUUAAUUUCUGUUAACAAUACGUUUCCUUCAAAAUACAUCACAUGGGGGUUGCGAAAUAUACCAAGAAAAGGAAAAAGUUGCUCAAAACACUUGGAGUGAUCUUAAACUCUGAAGCUUAACAAAGCGGAAGUGAUGAUGGUCAUGCCUUAUGAUGAUGAGGUAACAAUAUGGACGUUGGUUCCCUCUUCGCUUUGAAAAACGCGAAAGGGAAGAAGAAGCCCCCGACGGGCGCUUCUGCCAGGGAGGGGCCCUCUCAAAUUGCUGGCGCUGCUGCUGGCGCCGGAGGGUCCAAGGGUGCUGGGCCCGUUAAGAAGAAGAUUGCUGGAAAGGGGACCGAGCCCCCGGCCAAGAAGCCAAAGACCACCGCCCCUACCAAACAACCGAUCACCGAUGUGGUGGUGAUUGUGGACGAAGGGCACGCUUCUGCCUCCACCCCCCAGGAACAAAUCAAUCAGGAGUUCUUUGGGCGGGAGAGGUUGGAGGCGUUAGUACCGAAGGGGGCCUCUGUGUUGGAGGGCAGCUUGAACCCUUCGGCUCUGAUGAGCCAGAUGCUGCCGUCGGCCGACCGACUGGCCCUUGCCCGGCUGGACGAGGGAUCCCUCGAGGCGAAGGUCCUCCUGAAUGCUGCCUCCACAUUUAUGGGCCUCUGCGAGCACCUCCGAAGGGUGGAUCAAAUGAGGGAGGCUAAGGGUGCCGCCGAGGGGGAGGCCGCCCUCCUCAGGAAGAAGCUUGCUGAAGCUGAGGACUCUCUCCGGCUGGCCACCGACGGCAUGGAGCAGAGGGUGCAGGCUGCAAGGGCCGAAGGGGUCAAUGAAGGGCUAGCCAGGGCCGGGGAGGCUGCCGCCGAGGCCGCCCGUAUUGCUGCCGAUGAAGCCCGCGCGGCUCAAGAAGAGGCCGUCUCCAAGGCCCGAGAGGAUGCGGUGAUCAGCUUCACGACCGAAGGGUGGAAGGCCGAAGACCGGAGGGAGUGGCUCGCUUCGGUAGUGGGGGCUUCAGUAGACGAGUGGGUCGGGGGCCCCGGAAAGAUGUGGCUUGCCGAGAGGGGCGACUCGUACUACCAAGGCAGGGAGUUCUUCACCCAACGCCUCAUCUACCGGAAGCUUGCGAAGCACUUCCAGGUGGCACCGGAGGAGUUCCGUCCAGAGGCUUAUGGUCUCCCCCCUCGCCAGCCAGAUGUCAGGAUCCCGCUCUCCGAGGGGGAAGAGAGGCCAGUUCUUGAAGACUCGGAGACCCUCCGGGAGUGCGGCCUUGGGGGUGAAGAAGAUGAAGCCGAGAGCGAGGCGAUGUCCACAGUACCCCCUUCUUGAAUUGUAAUCCCCCCUUUCGUGUUGUAAUUGUUGGCCUCGGCAUCCUUUGUAACAGUGUAUUUAAACUCCC